AUAAGAAGAUAAUGCAUGUGGAAAAUUUAAAAUAGAAAUUAGUGUAACUUAAGUGAGAGUAGAGAUAAAUCUGAUUUGGGGUUUGAGUUGAGAUAACGUUGUUGUAGAUGAGGUCAUUUGGUAGCGCGCUUUAUCUCUCUUCGUUUCUCCAAACUCAGUUCAUCAAUGGCGUCGCAGUUAUCAUCUUCUUCCAUUUCCCUCUCCUUAUCUUCUAAAAUCUCUAUGAAGUCCCAAUUCACUUUCCCUCUUCAUCGCCAUUUCUUCUACCCUCCAGUUGGAACUUAUCCAAGCCAGCAUUCCACUAUUCCCCGUGUAUCUGCCCAUUACUCGUCAAAGGAACCAAGGGAUCAGCUUGUUUCACAAGAUACCUCAUACUUAUCCAUGGUUAAGCAACGGCUGAGAAGACUUGAAAGGGCGUUGGCUGCAGUUCUUCUUGUCGUUCAAAUUUCAGCUCCACUACCUGUUACCAAUUGGGAUUCUAUUUCUGUUCCUCCGGCGGAAGCAGUGCUUUAUUCUCCAGAUACUAAAGUUCCUAGGACCGGGGAACUUGCAUUAAGAAGGGCCAUCCCAGCAAACACAAAUAUGAAAACAAUACAGGAGUCACUGGAGGAACUCUCAUACUUGCUUAGGAUCCCUCAAAGAAAACCAUACGGAACCAUGGAAGGAAAUGUAAAGAAAGCUUUGAAGGUAGCGCUUGAUGAAAAAGAAGCUAUUUUGGGAAGUAUUCCUGCUGAAUCGAAGGAAAAGGGUUCCCUUUUGUAUACAACUCUAAUUGAAGGAAAGGGUGGCUUGCGAGCACUUCUUGAUUGCAUAAAAGAUAAAAAUGCUGAUAGAGUUUCAGUGGGCCUCGCAUCUUCAUUAGAUACUGUUGCGGAGUUGGAAUUGUUACAGGCUCCUGGAUUGUCGUUUUUGUUGCCUCAGCAGUAUUCAAAUUAUCCAAGGCUGAAUGGGAGAGGGACAGUAGAAUUUACAAUUGAGAAAGUAGACGGUUCAACAUUUUCUCCACAAGCGGGUGAAGCUAAAAAAACAGCCACUAUUCAGGUUGUAAUUGAUGGAUACUCGGCACCAUUGACUGCUGGGAAUUUUGCUAAAUUGGUAAUCGAUGGGACUUAUGAUGGUACAAAGCUCAAUUGCACUAGUCAAGCUGUUCUCUCAGACAACAAUCUGGAUUCAACUAUUGGCUACAGUGUUCCCCUUGAAAUAAUGCCUUCUGGGCAAUUCGAGCCACUCUACAAGACGACAUUAAGUGUACAGGAUGGUGAGCUGCCGGUCCUGCCUUUAUCCGUCUAUGGAUCAGUUGUGAUGGCUCACAGUGAAGUUUCUGAAGAGUAUUCGUCACCCAAUCAGUUUUUCUUCUAUCUAUAUGACAAGCGCAAUUCUGGCUUGGGAGGACUCUCAUUUGAUGAAGGCCAAUUCUCUGUGUUCGGUUACACGACAGUGGGGCGAGAUAUUCUUCCCCAAAUAAAAACAGGCGAUAUCAUUCGAUCUGCAAAGCUAGUGGAAGGCAAAGAUCGCCUGAUACUGCCUAAUGUAAGUUGAUAUUGCUCGCGCCUCUGAUUCAAGCUGUAUUCCGAGAUUGCAUAUCUUCAAUAUGCGGUGUGCUAUUCUUUCUUCCCCGUUUCACCUUGAUAGAGUUUAAUUCAUACAUUUUCCGAGUUCAUUUUGUGUAAGCAUAGACAUGACAAUCGAGUUCUGUAAAUUGAUAUUUGAUAUACUCCAUUUCUUCUGCUAGAAGCCCUCCAUUUUACUUGACUCCUAUUUCCAUUUGUUAUUUUGGUGGAAAAAAGUUUCUCAUUUAACACAUCAACAAUUUAUUUUGAUUUU